AUGAAGAUGAUGAAAAGGGAAGGUGACGGUGGAAAAGGAGAGGACAGGGGCUUCACCGGAGAAGAGGGAAGAGGCCGGAGAUGGGCUGACGAGGGUUGUUCUUGGGGCUCCGGUUACUUCCAGGGAGAAAGCUGCCACAACAAAGCCAUUGAAUUCCGUAUUGAUGGCACCCUCGUUGCUCCCUCCGACUACCGGAAAUUUAAAUCGGCUAGUAACGUCUGGAUUAAGUUUGAGAAAGUGACCGGAGUUUCAAUCUCCGGUGGAAUGUURGAUGGUSAAGGCGCAGGUCUAUGGRCUUGCAAAGCCUCAUCUGGUUCUUGUCCUACCGGUGCAACCACAUUAGGGUUCUACGACUCAAGGAACAUCGUCAUCGGCGGACUAACCUCAAUAAACAGUCAAAAGUUCCACAUCGUGAUGGAUGGUUGCCAAAAUGUCAACCUCCAAGGGAUCACGAUAUCGGCAGCGGGAAACAGCCCCAACACCGACGGCAUACACAUCGAAUCCUCUUCCGGCGUCACCGUUCUCAACUCUCGUAUCGCCACCGGAGAUGAUUGCAUAUCCAUCGGUCCAGGUUCAUCUAAUCUGUGGAUCGAAGGCAUCAGCUGUGGACCCGGCCAUGGUAUCAGUAUCGGCAGCCUGGGGUGGACGGCACAGGAGGCCGGAGUUCAGAACGUGACGGUGACGAGGGCGAUGUUUAAGGCGACGGAGAAUGGGGUUAGGAUCAAGACGUGGGCUAGGGAAAGUAAUGGGUUCGUAAGCGGAGUUGUGUUCGAACAUCUGACGAUGAUGGCGGUUGAAAAUCCGGUGAUCAUCGAUCAGCAGUAUUGUCCCGGCGAGAGUGGUUGCCCGCAGGCGGUGUCGGGAGUGAGGAUAUCGGACGUUAGAUACGACGAUAUCCAUGGAACGUCGGYGACGGAGGUGGGGUUGAAACUGGAUUGCAGCAAGGAGCAUCCAUGCAGUGGGAUAAAAAUUGAAGAUGUGAAUUUGAGUUAUAACAAUCGACCAGCCCAAGCUUCCUGCAUCAAUGCGGUUGGAGCCGCCAGUGUUGGUGCUGCCGUCGUCCACCACAGUACCACCACCUCCACCUCCUGCUUUCCAUAA